AUGUAUGUGAAAUGGUUUGAUACAGUAAUGUUUUACUAUGUGAUUUUAGUGUAUUUAGCGAAUGUCACUUUUUGUCAUUUUCAAAUGUCCCGCUGUUCCGUCCCCGUACGUCCCGACGUCGCAGGGGACGGAACCCAGAAGACAGAUGGACAUUGCCCCUUGGGGACACUGCAGGGGACAUCACGGGAGCGCAGGACAAGGUAAGUGAUCGAGGCAUCGCGGAGCAGCGCCACAUGGUAAGCCCGAGUGUAGCUCGGGGUUACCGCUUGUGCUACACUCAGGAAUACCGCCAGGGAGGCUACGUAA